AUGGGAAGAUUAGGUGAUGCUAAGCCCAAAAGGGCAAACCGGUAUGAACUGGAUACUUCUCUACUUACAUUAAAAAAGACAGUCACAAAUUUCGGACUUAUAUCAUCCAGAGAAGAUUUGGAAGAAGUCACCAUUUCUGAGAAAAUAUACAAGUUUGUCUUUAACUUUACUAUUGUCUCCUAUGGUUUGUUUCUAGGAAUGACAACAUUAUUAUCAUGGAAAGAGAUUAUAUCGGAUUGGGUAUUUGGGAUUCUAAUCUUUCGCAUCUUAUUCACGCUGUUUUUUGCCUUGGAUUUUUACUUUACCUUGUACGCUUCAUCGCUUGAGGAUAUAUUUUAUAAUUUUCAAUUUUUUGUAGAUCUGGUAUUCCUUUUGAUGGAUAUUGCAAUUAUUAUACAUAUGGCAAUUAUAUGCAUAAAGUGCUCAGGUGGGUCAAAUUCGCUUUGUGCUACACUAGCAACUUCGCUUCGAUACCUGUUUUGCAUAUGUAUAUUCCGCCUUUAUAAAUUAUGUUAUGUUUUCAAACCGCUUUUGAAACUCUCCAAAGGCAUCCUGUUGACGCUAAAAUCGCUAUGGUGGACAGGUGUAUUUGUAUUUAUAGUCAUUUAUUGUUGUUCAAUAUUGACAACCUGGUUGCUAAAUGAUGUUCAGGAUGAGACAAUGAAUGAACUUUGGGGAUCUCUAGUUAGAUCAAUGUAUACGCUCUUUACAGUAGUAACUUUGGAAGGAUGGAAUGAAGUCAGUGGGAAAACGGCGACCUAUUAUCCAUACUGUAAAAUAUUUUUCGUUAUGUUCGUCUCCUUUACUACAUUAACAGUAAUGAACGUGGUCACUGGAAUAAUUUUUAACACAUUUAUUUCAGCAAAGGAGGCUCUAUCUGCAGAAAAUCAGUACAAAGAUACAUUUGAAAAGCAGUUUAAUCUCACAAAUACUAUAAGCAAUGCUUUAAUGAGCAUGAAUAGAAAGGAUUAUCUUCAUGAAUUUAUUUUAGAGGAUCAGGAUCACGAAAUUUAUACCAGAGAUAAUAGGAUUUUUUCACGCAUCGGUAAUUUGUUUAGAGAGAUAUUUGGUCUAUCUAAGGCCGAUAGAAUAAAAAGACAUAUUGAGUCACAAUCGGGAUAUAGGAAAACUUCAUCCAUUCGAUUUCCUUUUCCGAGAAAGGAUUCUGCAAACAGUUCACCUGAAACUGGAUCGUACAAUUCGGAUAAAAAUCCAUCAACGGGGUUUACUUGCUCAGAAAAGGGACGAGUAGAUGAUAUCAAGCUUGUUGUAGACCACGAGCCAGAAAAUGUAGAUCGAGAUGAAAGCAGCAGUCACAAGAGUACCAAUCUAGAGAAGCCUACUUAUGGCAAGGAAAAAUCUGAACCAUUAAAACGUGCUUCGACAGAUUCGAUUGAGGAAAUGUGCUCUAAUAUCGAAAAGUGGCCAAGCGAUCUGGAUGAAGAACUCACCUUCAAUUACACUAAUGACACAAAGUAUCAAACUGGCAUGAUAAAUUUGACUAAAAACGAACCUUUGGAUAUGAUCAAUGAUCCUGCCAUGGAGAAAGCACUCCGUAGCUCUAAUAUUCCAAAAUAUGUAGCAUACGACGUUUUGAAUCUUUACUGGGCUAAUGGCUUCAGGGAGAUCCGCGCUUCAGAUUUUGCCAUAGCAUGCUCAAAGAUAGCCUCUGGAGCAAAUAAUAGACAGAUUUUGGCUUUAGAGCUUUUACUUACAAAGAGAAUGGACACUAUAGAGGCUGCUGUAUCGCAAAUCAGCGAAAAUAUCAACACACUGAUGAUGCAGCUGAACAAGGUCAAAGAAGACCACAAGUCCGGCGAUUAAACAC